AUGCAUUAUCUGAAGCUCCUCCUCGUUCUCCUGCCUGUAAUCAUCGCUGCUCCAACUGUGACAGACGAUGAUGAUAUUAUCGAAGGCGCCUACAUCGUCACUUUGAAACAGAAACUUGACGAGCAGAAAGUCGAGCAGCACAUCGAUUGGGUUGACGGCAUCCAUAACGGAAGUGUUUUCCGUCGUGCUGACGAUGGUGUCAAAGUGGUCUGGAAUGAGACGAACUAUAAGGGUUACUCUGGAGACUUUGAUAAGCAGACUAUCAAGGAGAUUAAGAAGAGUAAAGAUGUCGUUGCAGUUGAGCCUGUUCGCAAGAUCAAUCUUUACGAGACUGUCACUCAGCAGAAAUCGACUUGGGGUCUUGGCUCUAUCUCGCAUCGCACUCCUCAUUUCAACGAUUACAUUUAUGAUUCAUCUGCUGGAGCUGGAACGUAUGCGUAUGUUGUUGAUACUGGUAUCAACAUCGCGCAUGACGAGUUCCAGGGCCGGGCGGCUUUGGGUUACAAUGCUUAUCCUGGUACUGAGUUUGUCGAUGCUAAUGGUCACGGGACGCAUUGUGCUGGUACUAUUGCUGGCAAAGAGUACGGCGUGGCCAAGAGAGCAAACUUGAUUGCAGUUAAGGUGUUUCACUUAGGCAGUUCUCGGACUGAUAUCGUGCUUGAUGGGUACAACUGGGCCGUGACCAACAUCACCAAUACUCCAGGUCGCAAAGAACAGGCUGUCAUAUCCAUGUCCCUCGGAGGUGGUCGCUCAGACGCCUUCAACGCCGCCGUCCAAGCUGCCUACAGCGCCGGAAUCCAUACCGUGGUCGCAGCAGGAAACGAUAACGCCGACGCUUACAACUACUCACCCGCCUCGGCCCCCAACGCCACGACUGUGGGAGCAAUCGACAUCAACAAUAACCGCGCCGGAUUCUCCAAUUACGGCGAGCUUGUUGAUUUGUUCGCGCCGGGCGUGAACAUCAAGAGUGCUUGGAAUACGGCCAACAGUGCUACCAAUACCAUCAGUGGUACCAGUAUGGCAUGUCCUCAUGUUGCGGGUUUGUCAUUGUAUCUAAGAGCCAAGGAGGGCUUGACUACACCUGAGAGUGUCGCGAGGAGAUUGAAAGAUUUGGCGACGACUGGUGUUGUUCAGAACGUUGGCAGUGGCAGUCCGAAUUUGUUGGCUUACAAUGGCGCUCCGCCGAGUUAG